UAGUGUUUUAGAAAAAUAUAUUUUGAAUUAAUUAAUUAAAAAACGCAGCAUUAUGUCCAGCGAACACUCGUUCAUCAAUGAGGCACCCGAGGUGGAAGUGGUCUUCGAAAAAGAAAGCCUUGAUUCUUCAGUAGAGCCUCCCAUGGAAGAAUGGUCUUCUCUUCUCUUCGAUGUGCGAGUACAAGAAAACGUCAAACGAGACAGGUAUGCAGAGGGACUGUACGAUCCAGGCAGUGGAGAAAUAUGCACCAAGUAUGCAGCAAUUUCUGCUAGCUCAGUCUUGAGACAUGCCUACUUUAAUUACCCAGGAGUCAAAGACCCAGGCAUCAAGCAGGCUUUACUCCAUCCUAUCCCGCAAGUCAUAUAUCCCGAUGACGGUCAAGAACUAUACACGGACAUAUGCAAAGAAAUGAAUAUAUGCCCAAUAAGAAGUUUCCGUCGGCAACUCCUUGAAAAUAAAAUAGAUCUGAAAUAUUAUGGGAUCAGCUUACUUGGGUUUCGACCAAUAGCAAUGGCAUUAAAAUUAAACAGAAACGUUACAGUUCUAGAUUUAACUGAUAACUGGAUAAGUGUAGAUGGCUGUUUCCACUUAGGCGAGAUGCUAGUAGAUAACGUAACUUUAAAAGAAUUGAACUUAACAGGGUGCAGAAUUGGCCCUGAUGGCGCUAGAUGUCUGUUACAUAAACUUCAUUUAAACCGCACGCUUCAAAGAUUGAACCUAUCCAAAAACCAGUUAGAAGAUAAAGGCGUGGAGUACUUAGCCAGGUCUAUCUUUAAGGGAUCGGUCAUCGCCGAUGUUAAUCUGAGUUUCAAUAAAUUGACUGGCAAAUCCCCAGCAACACUCGCGGAUUCUGUUGAGAUAAACAACAAAUUAACUCAUCUAGACAUGUCUUGGAAUACCUUGCUGUCUCCAAACGCGAUAUUUCUGUUGUGCACACAUCUUUCACAAAACGACAUAUUCGAGGAAUUGAAUUUAUCUUGGAACUCAUUGAGUGGUCAGCGCGUUGGAAAUGCAUUGAAAAUGUUAAUGAAAAAUCCAAAUCUACGUCGUUUGUAUUUGUCGAAUAAUAGGUUGGAGGGGCCAGCAAUAAAAGCAAUCGGCGGAAAUUUGCCCAAAGCUACUAAGCUUGAAGUGUUGGAUUUAUCUUACAAUCCUAUGACUCCCGAUGACGCGUUAAAGUUAUUGGCGUACAUGAAAGAACGUAAAGUCAAGCUGCAACGACUGUUGAUGGACAACGUAUUUGUAAACGAGCAGUUCUUGGAAAUGCUGCAAGAAGUGUCCAGAUUGAAAUUUCGCAAGAACGCCGUUAUCAGCUGGGGUGGUUUGAGGACGAAGUUUGUAUCUAAAGGCAUCGACAUGCGAGAGGUGCUUUUGAAUAGAGCCAAUUCUGUUUGCAAGGCGAAGAAGCAACCGGCAGAUAUAGCUUUGAUUAUUCUCGCAAUGCAUAAGGAGUGCAAAGAUCCGUGGGACACUAAGGAGUUUCUACGUGCAGUCAGGAGAGGCGGUGCUCCCUUGGAUGAUGACUUGCUGUUGGAGAUGUGCAAUGUGUUUGCCGGGCCACGGUCGGCCAAGAGUCAGACGGUCAAUAUUUGCGGUCUAGUGGACUAUAUUCGGCGCAAGUGGCCUGACAGACAACUUCCCCCUACUCCCCCACCUGAACCAGAAAUUAUGACAAAGAAGGAAGAAAAGAAAUGA